CCACCAGCUGCAGUGGGCCUGUUGUAGAUCAGUGGGAGGAGCGUGCAAAUGAGGAUUAGUGCGGUGUCACCUAUACGCGCUGCGGACUGGGUUAAGUAGCUUGGUUACACAUAUAAUAACCUCCGCGGAUUGUAAUGAAAGGGGGGAAUUGUGGAGCUGUGGCUAAGAGCGACUCGGUUAUUUUUUCCUGAGAGGACAUAUUGUUUGUGGUUAAACCUGCCGAUUGACGCCGCUCAAGCUGCUGAGCGCUCUUUCCGUCCAACCUGAGGAUCCGUCCGACGGACAAGAAAGAGGUCCUUGUCUGCUUAGCGAUGCGUCGCUGCUGAAGAUGGUUCCGCAAAGGUCCUUUGUGAUUAUGCUUCCUCCUGUGGUUAUGGUUGCACCUAGUAAGCAGUCAGGAAUGUCCUCCUUCUCCUGCCUAUGACAUGGUUUAACCCACGUAUGAUCUGGUCACCAUGAUGGCCUCCAUGGUUGCCAAUGGAAACCAAGAUGGACAGUCUCUGGUCUUGAAAGGGGUGGAUCCAGAGACCUGCAUGAUAGUCUUCAAGAACCACUGGGCUCAGGUGGUGAAGAUUUUAGAAAAGCAUGAUCCCCUGCGCAGCAGCUCCACCCUGCCCUUGAGUGUCAUCAACCUCGGCGCCGGCUCUAGCAGCGGCCCUCGUUUCGGCCCCAUCCCCGUAGACGAGGCGAGCGCGGUGCAGAACUAUGUGGAGCACAUGCUAUUCCUGCUGAUGGAGGAGGAGAGCGGUCAGGCCGGAGCCAUGGGCCCCAUCCUGGAGUUUGUGGUGAUGGAGAACGUGAUGGAGCGUCUCUUUGUGUGGAGCCUCCGCAGGGAGUUCACAGACGACAUGAAGGUGGAGCAGCUAAAGAUGUAUGAGAUGCUGUUGGGCCAGGCGCACCAGCCUCUGCUGCAUCAUAAGCCCAUCCUGCGGCCGCUCAUGAUGCUGCUGUCGUCCUGUUCAGGCACCGCUGCGCCAGAGGUGGAAGCCGAGCUGGUGCUGCUGCUCAACCAGCUGUGCUGCGUUCUGGCGAAGGACCCUUCAAUUCUGGAGCUGUUUUUCCACACCAGCGAGGACCAGGGAGCCACCAACUUCCUCAUCUUCUCCCUGCUCAUCCCCUUCAUCCACAGGGAGGGCACAGUGGGCCAGCAAGCCAGAGAUGCACUGCUGCUCAUUAUGUCGCUGUCUGCUGAGAACGAGCGAGUGGCCAAACACAUCGCAGAGAAUACCUACUUCUGUCCGGUGCUGGCCACAGGGCUGAGCGGCCUGUACUCAUCUCUGCCCACCAAGCUGGAGGUACCCAAUGAGGAGUGGCACUGCCUGCACAAAGAGGACUGGCUCCAGAUGCCGUCCCUCGUCCAGUUUCUCAACUCGCUGGAAUUCUGCAACGCUGUUAUUCAGGUGGCCCACCCUGAUAUCAGAGACCAACUAGUUGGCUACAUCUACAAUGGAUUCCUCGUGCCUGUCCUAGCACCAGCUCUCCACAAGCUGACCCUAGAAGAGGUGAUGACCACCACAGCAUACCUCGACCUCUUUCUGAGAAGUGUAUCUGAGCCGGCUUUGCUGCAGACUUUUCUCUCCUUCAUCCUCCUCCACCAAUAUGAGAACGUCCACAUUUUAGAUACUCUAGUCAGCCGCAUCAACACCCCCUUCCAGUUGGGCACUGUGUCACUGGCACUUUUCCGCACUCUCAUUGGCUUAUACUGUGAGGAUGUGAUGCUGCAGCUCAUUUUGAGGUACCUGAUUCCCUGUAAUCACAUGAUGUUGAGUCAGAGACGUGUGGUGAGGGAAAGGGACUGCUACUCGGUGUCAGCAGCCAAGAUCCUGGCAUUAACGCCGUCCUGCUGCUCUCCUGAUCACAGCCCCCCUCCCCUCCGACAGCUGGACUCCAUCCUCUUUUCCAAGGGUGCCGAGACUCCCAACAACACCAGCGCCACAGAGAAAAAAGGGGGCUUCUUAGAAGAGGAUGAUGGCUCAGGAAAUUCCUGCACCAUCGGCUCAGAAAUCUACCUGGAUGUCAGUUAUCUUCAUUACCUCUAUGACGCCUGUCUGAGCAUCAGCAGCUGCAUACAGGCCUGCCAGGUUUGGUCAGCCCUGUACGACGGCGAGGACCCCCCUCCUGAGAAAUACCAGCCCGGCGUCCUCGAGGAGCCAGGGCUGAAGAGUCGGCAAACCCAGAUGGCUCUCAAGAGAGUUCCACAGCCGCUAGCUCCGUGCCCUCAACCCUGCCCGUCGCCGAAUACAGAGCCACCCUCCAUCAACCCGCUGGAGCUGGAGUGGGAUGAUAGUUACGAUGCGUGCCCGGUACAGACUGCUGAGGCUCCUGUGGAGAGUAAACGUCCGCAGCAGCCUCCUGCUGAGCUCCCAAAGCACAUCCAGGAGAUGAGGAAAACAGCCAUCAUGUUGGUAAAAGGCUCAUAUAUCGAGGAAAAUGAGUUCCAGGACGACGUCAUGGUAUACGAUCUUGUUGCCAAGAAAGACGCCAGAGAGGUCGAGCGCGGUAAGCUCAACUCCAACGGGUCUGAAUCAGAAGAAACCCAACCAGGCUCAGCAGAAGUUCCUCUAAAAAACGGACUCAGUCUAACACUUCCCAUCUCUCUGAUGGCUGACAACAGCAAAAAUAGCUUGGACACAAAGGCCAAAGGUCAAACAGAUUGUAAUUCCAACCUCCAAAACAACACUGCUGAUGAGUUGGGUGACGACCUUUUGGCUCAAUAUGAGGACCUCAUUCGUACGUUGGACACUGAAGCAGGUGGAAAACAGAUGGUCAAAACUGAUGGAGAAUUGAAGAAGCCUGUCCCGCCUGUGGUGGAGGAAGAAGAGGAGGAGGAGGAGGAAGAGGAUAUGGAUUUCACCUCCUUCUCUGCUGAGACACCAGAGCCAGAGAAACUGCAUUCACCAUUUGGGACAAAGUUUCCCACCGGAAGUGCAGGUAGAAGCCAUUCAGUGCCUUUUACUGGUCCAUUUGUCAGUGUACUGUUGUCUCGUAUGGAGAACAUGCUGUCUAACUCGCUUCAUGUCAACUUGUUGUUGACGGGCAUCCUGGCCCAGUUGGCGGCCUACCCUCAGCCUCUCCUGCGCUCUUUCCUCCUCAACACCAACUUGGUGUUUCAGCCGACUGUUCGCUCUCUUUACCAGGUAUUGGCCAUCGUAAAGCACCAGAUAGAAGAGUUGGCUGCCACCAGAAAAGACUUUCCCGAGCUGAUCACUGCCGCCCAACACUGGCUGCUGGCCAGGGAGACUUCGUCCAUGUCAGCAGACAAAAACAGCAGCAGCAGCGGACACUCCACCCACGGCGAGGCGGGAAGGAUCUUGAAGAGUUCGCCGUCGCCUAAACCCAAAGCCAUCUCUCUGGAUCGGACAGAAGUCUUCGCUACCGUCCUCUUCACGGAGUUCCUCAAAGAACUGGCUGCCAUUGCACAAGAGCACUCCAUCUUAUCAUACAUUCCUAUGGAAGAGUGAUCGUGACCCAGUAAGCCUCUGUGAUGAGUCCAACGUAACUCAGAAAGAUUUUAAAAGACUCUCUUUUAUGAUGGUUUUCUAUUUCUAUUUUAUUUUUUUUUAGCUUUUUCAGGCACUACUUGAUGAAGAAACCUGUUAGAUCAAGUGAUUUAUACAACUUUUCUUUUUUUUUUUUUUUUUUUUUUUUUUUUUAUGAUAGCGUAUUUAUUUUCCAAGCAAAGAUAAUCAAUUUCUUGUGCUUUUUAAUUUCAUCUCUUUGGUUCUGUAAAGGGGUUUGGCAGCCAAGAAGGAGGUCCAAACUUUCAGCUAGAAAACCCUUGUCCUGAGCCUGCACCAGCUGAUAAUGCUCAUAAGAGUGAGCUCCAGGUCCACCAACCAAAGACUGUAGAGAGAUGAUUUUAAUGAUUUUAGCAAUCAUCAGCCCUUAUCUGAACUCCAGGGUUCUGCCCUCUUUCUGAAUGUCUUCUACAACCAGCUCCAACCACAGCAAGAUGUCUGCUGCUCAGUGUGGUUCUGUUAAAUACUCAGGUGGCCUUUCUGGAGAGUUGUUGCCUCUGUGCCAUUGGAUUACACACCAUAACUGAGCACCACGUGGAGCCUCUAUUGCUUUGAAGCGUUUGAAUUAGCAGCAUAAAAAUUUAAUUUGAAGAUAACUGUUGUAGCUGACUGGCAGCAGAGCUGGCAUCAUCUCACAUCCAAUCUUUGUUCUCUGUUCUUAUGCAACUGUUACAUGACUACAUUUUUGGGCAAAACAGGUGAGUCACUUUUGUCUUUAAACUUUACAGAGUGGUGUUUCCACAAAAUCUUUGCGUGUUAGAUGUACAUUUGUUUUGGUGUUUUUCUGUUAAUUCGUGAUGGUACCUCAGGAGAUUUUUAAUGCACGUUCUGUUCUCUCAGUUCUUCAACAGCCUUUGGGUGAAGCAAUUUUCUUAAAAUGCACUAGUUUCUCACACUAAUGGGCUCCACAUGUUCUUCAGAUCAGAGCACCAAACCCAGAAUUAGUUAUUCUAUAUUUAAUUUGCUUUACUUUAGUGACGCUUGAUAAUGUACAUAAUGUAAGAAAAAUGUUCUAAUGACAAAAUACUAUGCAAAUCAAGGAUAUUUUGGAUAUAAUUAAGUUUUGUAUAUGUUCAGAAUGGGAAGGGGUAUUUAAGGUUUUAUGAGAGUUACCAUUGCCAUUUCUUUUCUUUUUUUCAACGAGGUUAUACUAGAGGCUAGAUGUUAUGGUUUAUCACCAUCUUCUAUUUAGGGAUUGUGUAGGGUGUUUUAGUUGUGAUCUUUGAAAUAUCACUGUUGGGAGAGUCAUAGUUUUGCAUCUGUUGAAAACCAUCUCCGAUUGUAACGCUUACUGAGGGCAAACUGCUGGAAACUGCCUUUAUUUUAGUCCAGGUAUUGCACAUGGUUGUUAGUAUGGUUGUUAAAAUGAGAUAAUACAAGAGAAAUAUUUUGUUACAAAGCACGCCUCUACUGUCUAAAUGAGUUUACCAGGACAGAAAUACUUUUAAAUUGGUGCCUAUUUUAGUUCACAUUAUUGCCCGAUUUCGAAUGGAUUUACACAGGAGUAAUACAAAAGUUUACAGUUAAGCUUAAAAUGUACAGCAUAUUGAUUUUUCUAUUGUCAAAGUGUAAAGGAAAGGCCAUUGGUACUAAAGAUGUGCAACAUGUAUUGUUUUGUCCCAUUAUUUCUGAUGCGUUGCUUCAUAUUAAUUUAACCCCACAGAAGACACUAACACUGCUUUUAAAAAUGUGUUUCUUGAUAAAACUUCUGAUAAAAGUUUCUAGAAGAAGUUUCUAGAAGUAAAAAGAUCAAUCACCAUUCAUGCACAGCUUGAUAGAAAGAUGCAGUUAAUAUAAUGUGGACAUUUACCCAGGAAAUAGAACACAUCUGAAGAUAAUUUGUUGUGUAAGUUACAUCUUGAAUUUUCUCGAUCGAUCUAUCGAAGAUUCAGACUCUGACUAAAUCUAACAAAGUAAAUGUACUUUUGUACAAACACAAAUUAUUAGGAGAAAGAAAAUGAGAAGAAAGGGCGAUGAAAAUGCAACUGUAAAACUACACUAGGUUGAUCAAUGUUAUCAUCUCAUAAGUCUAGCUAAUAAGAGGAAGAACUGUUUAACUUUAGUUUUACAUCUGGAUUGUGUAUUUGUGUUCCUAUUUAAAUCCAUUCAGUUUCUACUUGAUGCUAUGCAAGCAAUAAAUUAUGCAGCAGGAUCUUUUGUGUACUUUUUACAAAAAUGGCUUGAAAAUGUAUAUUUGUAUCAGUCAAAGCCAUUUUCACAAUUGUUGAAGUCUUUCUCUCUGGUAAAAGAAUGUUGUAGAGCACUUUAUCAGCCUUUUCAUAUUGCAGCGCAACUCUGCCCUGCUGACCCUCAACCACCACAGAUUGUCUAACAUACCCAGCAUAGUAUAACAAUCACUGUUUUGAGCAGCAUUGUGGCAUGAAAAUGGGUUUUAUAACCAAUAUUACAGACUGGUUUCUGUCUCAGUGGGUUCUUAUUCCAAAGAUUCAUCUUUUCUGACACCAUUUGGCCUCAGUUUUCUAUCCCAGAUGUGAUCAGGUUGCUGUUUGUUGCUGAUGUGUGAGACACAAUAUCAUGCCUCUUUUAAUAAAGACAACUUCUGGAAAAUGAAA